AUAAACAAAAAAUUCUUCCGUUUCCCGCGAAGAGCUGCAACAGAAUCUGUUUCAGUAGUUUAGAUAUUCGGCAAUAAGAAAGUGCUGAACCAAUGCCAAAAGAUGCUGGCCAAAUAUUGUCGUGUUUGCUUAACUAGCAUCGGUGUUGAUAAUCAGCUCGAAGAAGUAGUCUAUAAAUCCUUGAGUCUCUAUGCAAUGCUGUGCAAAAUGUAUCCUGAAGCCUUCAUUGAGUAUGACGAUCCUCAAUGGCCAACAAGAGUUUGCGGAAACUGUAAGCACGGAAUAUUGGAUGCAUUCAGGUUGUACACGAUUUGUAUGGCAUCCUUCGAAGUAUUCAAGAAGCAGCUGCCGAAACGUUCGAUCAAAACGGAUCCAUUAAGUGCUGAAAUUAACCUGCCUGUGAAUAGUAACCUGUCUGGUGAUGAUGGAGUAGCUUUCAAAGAAGCUGUUAUAAUCAUAGAUGACGAAGAAAAUGAGAAACAUUUUCUAUCAAGUAACCAGCAAGAAGGAUUGAAAACGAAAAAAGUAAAAACUCUCCUUAAAGAACAUGAAAAUCUUGGAACUCUUGUAUUGCAUAAGGAGCAAGCAGACCCAUUAGUAGCACAAAAUACCAAAAAACGGAAAAUUGUAAGUGAAACUGUAACCUCUUAUGAAAAUGAAGUUGUGGAGCUACAGCUAGAAAUGGAUUAUGUACCGCAACCAAAUACCGUUUCCGCUCCAAAGGAUCACUUGGAUGAUUUUGAGGGAAGUAUGGAGGAUUUUGGAGGUGAAGAGGAUAGCUUGCCUAGCUCUGUAUAUCAGGAAAAUAUUGAUAAUGAUGAGCAAUCGUUAGCAGACCCAGAUGUUUCAGAUACCAGAAUAGCAAUGAAUUCUAGGUGCUGGAAAAAUGGUUCCGAUGAAUCGGAAGACGAAGAUUUGUUUGCAGAAAUGUUUGCUUCGGAGAUAUUCAGUUGUAAAUCCUGCCGUGACGUGUUUUUAGAUAAAGAAUCAUAUGGGAAGCAUGUGGAACUUCAUUCAAAAGGAUAUAAAAAGUUUUGCAAAAUGUGUAAUGAAGGCUUCAAAACCGUAACUGCUCUUUGUGCUCAUGAAUGUUACUCUAAUUCUUCGAUUCUUUGCUGGAUAUGUGGUAAAAUAAUGGACGCAUCCGGAAAGCACGAGAACCAUAUGAAAUCUCAUAUGCCAGAAGAAAUGUGGGCCUGUCCGUUAUGCCCUGUACGAUUCUCUUCUGAAAGUGUCUUUAAAGGCCAUUUACUCACGCACAAGAAGCAAAAACUAUUUUGUUGCGAUGUUUGUGGAAUGAACCUAUCAACAAAGCGUAGUUUGCGUUAUCAUCUACGAGCGAUUCACGGAGGAGGCUUAGAAAAAGUGUACAGUUGCAACCUUUGCGACCAAAAAUUUGCCCUUCCUUCCUAUCUUAAGAUGCACAUGAACACCCAUACGGGUCUGAGACCGUACAGUUGCGUGUAUUGUAAUCGUGUUUAUGGAAGUGGCGGCGAUUUGGUAGAACAUGUCGCCAAGCAUCACGUUGGUAACGAUAAUGUUUAUCAAUGCCAUCUGUGUGAUGCUGAUUUCUCGAAAGUAAGGGAUCUUAGAGCCCAUUACGAAGUACAUUAUAGAAAUGGUGAUCAGUUCUACAACGAAAUUCUAACAGAUUUUGGAAAGUUCCGGUUUACCACUAUGGAUCUACUAAAAAUGCGACAUCGAAAAGAAACUUUAAAAUCAGCCAACAUUGUUUUGUCCAAACCCUAGUAGUUGAGAGUGGACCCAUGCUGAUGUAUUAAACGAACAUCAUAAGUGAAUGUAUGUAUAUUGGCGACAAGCAGCUGAGGGAGCCUUAUAUUAAUGCCUUUAGAUAAAUAAAGAGAAGGCACGUGGAGCUUAUAAUGUGUAUCGAAAUGAUCAUCUAAUAGAAACCUAUUUUGCGAACCUAUUGUUAAGAAUAUUUCUCUUUCACGCAGAAUCGAUCAUCGAGUUAGUAUGAUUAGUUUUCUGCUGUUUAAUCCGGCUGUCGCCAAUACCGUAACUAAUCAUUUAAAUUAGUUAUUUAAUUAAUAAAUUUUAUAAUUUCAAAUCAGAUAAAAGCAUACGUUAUCUAUAGUCAUCUUGGGAAGGAUGCGUCGGUCGUGUCAAACGAGUGUGGGUAAACAAAAAAUUCUUCCGUUUCCCGCGAAGAGCUGCAACAGAAUCCGUUUCAGUAGUUUAGAUAUUCGGCAAUAAGAAAGUGCUGAACCAAUGCCAAAAAAUGCUGGCCAAAUAUUGUCGUGUUUGCUUAACUAGCAUCGGUGUUGAUAAUCAGCUCGAAGAAGUAGUCUAUAAAUCCUUGAGUCUCUAUGCAAUGCUGUGCAAAAUGUAUCCUGAAGCCUUCAUUGAGUAUGACGAUCCUCAAUGGCCAACAAGAGUUUGCGGAAACUGUAAGCACGGAAUAUUGGAUGCAUUCAGGUUGUACACGAUUUGUAUGGCAUCCUUCGAAGUAUUCAAGAAGCAGCUGCCGAAACGUU